UUUAUGUGGCAUUGUGAUGUCAUUGUGUUUUCUUGGUGUCUAUGUGAAAGCCACGAUAGGUUUCACUAGCUUCUUGCGGAAUCGAUGCUUCCGGAAAAACAAGAUAUUUACCUCCGUCACACGAAAGAGUGCGAAAGCCGACCUUUGAGGUGCAAAAUCGAAACUACAACAUUUACCGAUUCGUCCAUGGCUGAGGCACCACCUGACGAUAUUGUAGAAAUUGUUUUGGAGAGAGGAAAUCAUGGCCUUGGUUUUAACAUCAGGGGAGGUGUAGAUAUUCCAUAUGUGCAGGAAGAUUCAGGAAUUUUUGUCACCAAAAUCAGAGAGGAUGGAGCAGCUUUCUUAGAUGGUCGUUUAAAAGAAGGAGAUAAAAUUCUUGAAAUUAAUGGACAUACAUUAAAGAGAGUUACCCAUAACGAGGCAGUACAACACUUUGUCAAUGCAGGGGAAGUUGUUACACUAAAAGUUCAACCAGGAGCAGAAGAGGCAAUACAGCAGCAAAAGGAGAAUGAAGAAAAUGAGCAGGGCUCCAGAAAUUCCACUUCAUCAUCACGACGGAAGCCCUCCAAUGCGUUCUCCACUAACACACUGGUAUACAUUAGUCUAGGUGCAGUCGCGGCAGCAGCUGCUGUUGGAUUUUUUUACUUCAAAAUGAGGCGAUGAACAAUGAUGAUAUAAUAUAUAAACGUAAGCUGUGUGUGGAUCAUUUGACAUUAGUUAUUUAAGUUACAUGUAUAGGUGUAUGCGUACUAAGUACUAGGGUUUAGAAUAAGUCAGAAAAUCUGUAAAUGUGAUGUCCAGGCGACAGCAACACUUUAUAAUAAUGUGAUCAUGAGUAUAAUCCCUUUCCCUUGUAAAUCUAAUUUUUGUUUUUUAAUAAACUAUUUUGCUCGUA